AUGGCUGAUAUCAAUAUUGAUCCUAUUGCCCAUUUGCAAAAUGCUACCAAUUUCAGUACUUUUGGCGGAAACAAUGCCAGUAUUAUUGAAUGGGGUGUCAACACAGUGAAAUCAUUGUCCUAUUUCAAAAUUUUUGUCACUUUACUCUGUAUUCUUCUGGCCUAUGAUCAAAUUUCUUAUCAAUUGAAAAAAGGUUCAAUUGUUGGCCCAAAAUGGAAGUGGUAUCCAAUAAUCGGUCCCUUUUUAGAAUCUUUAGAUCCAAAAUUCGAAGAGUACAAAGCAAAAUGGUAUUCUGGUGAACUGUCCUGCGUAUCUAUUUUCCACAAAUUUGUUAUUAUUGCAUCAACGAGAGAUUUGGCCAGAAAAAUUUUACAAGCUCCAAAAUAUGUUAAACCAUGUGUUGUUGAUGUCGCUGUUAAAAUUUUAAGACCUUGCAAUUGGGUUUUCUUAGAUGGCAAAGCACACACAGACUAUAGAAGAUCUCUGAACGGUCUUUUCACCAAGCAGGCCUUGGCUCAAUACCUGCCAAGCCUUGAGACUGUUAUUGACAAAUAUAUCGAUAGAUUUGUUGAAGUAUCCAAGAAGAAUAAGUACGAGCCACAAGUUUAUUUCCAUGAAAUGAGAGAAAUUUUAUGUGCCCUAUCUUUGAGAGCAUUCUGUGGUGAUUAUAUUACUGAGGAUCAGGUUAGAAAAAUUGCUGAUGAUUAUUAUUUAGUCACCGCUGCAUUGGAAUUGGUUAAUUUUCCAAUCAUAAUUCCAUUCACGAAGACUUGGUAUGGUAAAAAGACUGCUGAUGCUGCAAUGAAGAUUUUUGAACAGUGUGCACAAAUGGCCAAGGAUCAUAUCGCUAGUGGUGGUGAAUCAGUAUGUGUUAUGGACGCAUGGGUUAAAUUAAUGCAUGAGGCCAAGAACAGAGAUGAUGAAGAAUCAAGGUUGUAUCAUAGAGAAUUUACCAAUAAGGAAAUCUCUGAGGCAAUUUUCACUUUCCUAUUCGCUUCUCAGGAUGCUUCAUCUUCAUUAUGUUGUUGGAUAUUCCAAAUCGUGGCUGACCGCCCAGAUAUUUUACAAAAGAUUAGAGAGGAACAAAUGGCUGUUCGUAAUAACGAUUUGAGUAAACCUAUUGAUUUGGAUUUGAUUGAUAAAAUGACUUACACAAACAUGGUCAUUAAGGAAACUUUACGUUACAGACCACCCGUUCUUAUGGUCCCAUAUGUUGUCAAAAACAAGUUCCCUGUCACUUCUAAUUAUACUGCUCCAAAGGGUUCAAUGUUGAUUCCAACUUUAUAUCCAGCAUUGCACGAUCCUGAAGUUUAUGAAAAUCCUGAUGAAUUCAUCCCAGAAAGAUGGGUUGAAGGUUCCGCCGCAAACGCUGCCAAGAAGAACUGGUUGGUCUUUGGUUGCGGGCCCCAUGUUUGCUUGGGCCAAACUUAUGUUAUGAUCACUUUUGCUGCUCUGAUGGGAAAAUUUGCUCUAUACACUGAUUUCGAACAUAAGGUCACACCGCUAAGUGAGAAAAUCAAAGUGUUCGCCACCAUUUUCCCAAAAGAUGAUCUGCUGAUGACUUUCAGAAGAAGAGAUCCAUUGACUGGCAAAGUCUCUGAAUGA